CGGAACCAACACAGCCUUGCUUGGAGAAGUUCGCAUGAGCCCAAUAACCCCCGGGUUUCCAUCGGAGUCGCCAUUCGUCAGCAUUCGGGCACUGGAGGAUGGAUCUGCAGCCGUGUGUUGAGCAGCCAACAACAGGCGGUUCAGUUCAGCUCUGGACUCAGAAGGGACGAGAACGGCCUUGCUAGGGGACGUGUUCAUGCCCCGAAGGCCCGUCGAGCUGCGUUGCAGCUCUGAGGAUUGCAUGCGCGAUUGCCGAAACGACCGGCUCGACGAGUUCUGCAGCGUCGUGGGCGGGUCCAAUCUACUUCGACUGGAAACAUUUGACUGCACAGUUGUCAAGUCGUUGCCUUCGAGUUGAGUUGCCUUGGCCAACAAGUUCGCCUUGCUCGGGGAUACCCGCAUGAGCCCUACGACACUUGGCGAAUCUCCUGAGCCAUCGGCAACGCUCCGUGUACUGUCUGCAGAGGGCGACUCUACAUCCUGCGCUUGCCUAGCUCCUUGCUGCUCAGCCAACAUAAGCGGACUUAGGUCGGCCCGCGAACGCGAUGGUGUCAGCGCCGCUUUACUGGACGAAGGUGCAAGGCCGCCCCGACUACCCGAUAUCAGCGAUUCGACGUCCGCGUUGGACAGCCGGGCUUGGCGAAACGACGUGCGCGUGGACGACUGUAGCCGCACCGUGGUCUGGAGGAUGGAGCUGGCUUGCUCUUGGGAGCUCCGCGUAAAGCUGGCUCGGGUGUUGGUUCGCACAGGCAGCAGCUUUGGAACGACAGGGGUGUAGAGCGACACAUCGGAGUCGCCCCCGACGCUUUGGACUUCCCGCUGGGUUUCCAGCAGAAUUCGAUUGAGCUCGGAUCUGGCGGCAUGGCUUCCACCGUCGGACGCUGCGACUGGAAACGAAUUUAGCCGUUGACUGUCGCCUCGAUCUGUGGUGUUGCGCUCACCACCAGGGAUGGACAUUCGAAUAUGUCGCGACGAACCAUUUGCCAUCAAAGGCUGCUGGUGCUGGUGCUGUGACAACGAUGUUGGGUGCGGCAAGCCCACCGAUCCGUGGUUAAAUGUAGCGCGCUUCGGGCGGGCCUUGAUUGGUGACGAGUGCAUGGCUUCCAGUGAAGUACCUGCCAUUGUAUCUGCACUUGUACCCGGGGAGGAGGCUUGAGAUUCGCUUAGAAGGCGAUUUAGUUCGGCUCUGGACGCGGAUGGAACGAGCUCUGCCUUGCUCGGCGACGUGUUGAGGCCCCUCGAUAAGGUGCUGCCUUGGCUUUCCAGCUGAUCCAUUUGACGUGACGAGCGCGAGUUUUGAAGCAAGGGGGGCACAUCGAUGCCCGAUCGAUUAGUUGGUUGUGGAGUGUCGAAUGGGGCGUUGAGGUGGGCCACCGCUGCUCCAAUCUCAAAGUCGCGCAACCGAGUACUUGGCACGACAGCAGACACGUCAUUGUCUUCUAGCGCGCUCGAUAUGAUGUGAGCAAUGCUAGCCUCUUUGCUUAACGUUGGUGGCGCUUUUGAGAUCGCUGCUGCAGAGCCUCGUUCAUCUUCGUCGUCCAGGGCAUUUCGGAGGAUGUUAGCGAUGCUGACUUCUUUUGUCAACACGUGAGGCUGUGCGUGGACAACGGUGGUGGCAUCAUCUCCCAGCGCAUUCUUGAGAAUGUUGGCGAUGCUCGCUCCUUUCGUCAUGGACGGCGUCGGGCGGUGUUGGACUGGUCGAUGAUUCACCACGGUUGCGUCGCACAACGCGUCGCUGAGGAUGUUGGCGAUGCUCGCUUCCUUGGUCAUCGAUUUCGGUGGCAUGUGCACCACUUGCACGUCAGACUCGCCAAGUACGCUUUGUAGGAUGUUGGCAAUGCUGACUUCCUUUGUCAGUGGCCGAGUUGGGACCUCUUCACUCCGGGAAGAUUUCUUGGAACUGGUUUCUUGGACUGGUUGAGUAUUUGCGUUCGGUGACUUUGGCACGUCGCUGUUUGCUCUGUUUUUCAAGCUUUCGUUGUUGCUAGUUUGGGUGUGAUCGUCUUCCAAGGUUCCUGGAAUGCUGGCCUCGAAUGAUGGCAGAGUCGCCUCGGGAGCGGUCGAAACCUGCGCGCUGCUAUGUCGCUUUACGGGUUUCCAUGACGACGGCAUGUCAUCGAAGCGCUCCCCUGCCUUGUUGACCCAAAACAACUUUGUAUCUGGCGCCAUAUACAUGGUAUACCCCCCCCGUUCGUCCAAAACUGUGUUGCUGAUUGGCGGUGCGGGCGUUGGUGUUAAUACAACCGUGGAAGGGUUGGUGGGAGUCGCAGAUGGAGCGAUCUGCUUGUUCGACCCAUGCGACCGCAUUGUGCGCAUGUGCGUGUCUGCCACCUUGUUCACACUCGCCUUGCCGCCCAUGUCCACGACCUUUCACGCCGCAAGUGCUAAGUU